AUGGCUUCUCCAACAGCGACACCAAUCCCUCUUCUACACACCGACGAAAACGAUUUCGACGCGACUAAGUACUACUUGGAGCUACUCGGCAUGGUCGCGGCCACAAUCACGAUCUUGGUUCUUGUGGUCGGAAUCGCUCCUGCUAUCGCUCGAGGCUUCGUUGAACUGUUCCGCAAGAUUGGAGAGCGCAGAGAGCGUCGUCGGGCCGCGGAGGAUGAGGAGACUGCGAUAGAGCUUGCACCAUGGAACGCAUCGGGCGUUGCGGGUUGGGAAGAGAGUGGGAAUGACCCUACCGCCGAUAGAUACAGCAUCACACGAUCCCCUAUCGCCCUCGUAGGAUGGCCCGAGAGUGUGACUACCGGGAUAUCAACAACAUCAAGUGCUCCCAACACCGAUUACCCAGAGACAGCGGAACCUUGGGAGGAUAUUUGGGCGGUUCUGGCGGUUGUUAUCCUAGGAAUAGCUGUCUCGCUCAUCUUGUUCAUCGGUUAUCUCAUCAUCAGAGCCAAAGUGAGGGCUCUGAAAGAUCGGCGAGACCGACGUCUUCGAGCGGAGACGUAG